AAUUGAAUAAUCCUCGGCCGAUUCCAGGAAUUUAUUGUGUCAGUUCCCGACAAUGAAGCGUAUUUGCUGUAUCCGCACUACAUUACCCACAAUCCUCUGGUAACGUUAUGUGCGUCUGGGUGUGUGAGAAAAAGAUUAAAAUUUGAUCAUCUGCAGACUUUGAUUUAGCAUCAAUGGCUGCAGCAGAUAUUUUCUACAGGGCUUUGCUGUAUUAUGAGCUGUAGUAAACCAUCGCACUUCGAUCAUUUCUCAGGAGGAUCUGUGGCAGGUGCCACUAUCACUGUACCCUCACCUGACAUCAGCAACCGGAUGAAAAUGGAAGCUAGUUUUGGAUCCACGUUUCCAGCAGUCCCUCAAGUAGCAAAAGCGGAAACUAAUUACAAACAGCACCGUAGAACCCCUUCAUCCUCCAGCACUCUGACGUACUCCGCUCGUGACGACGAUGAUGGCAUGCUGCCCAUUAGUACCCCUCGUCGCUCAGACUCUGCCAUCUCGGUUCGCUCUCUGCACUCCGAGUCCAACAUGUCGCUGCGCUCUACCUUCUCCCUGCACGAGGAAGAGGAAGACACAGAGCCACAGGUGUUUGCGGAGCAGCCCUCAGUCAAGCUUUGUUGCCAGCUGUGCUGCAGCGUGUUCAAGGACCCCGUCAUCACCACCUGCGGACACACAUUCUGCAGGCGAUGUGCCUUGACCUCAGAGAAAUGCCCCGUGGACAAUUCCAAGCUCACAGUGGUCGUGAAUAACAUCGCGGUGGCCGAGCAAAUCGGAGAGCUUUUCAUCCACUGCAAGUACGGCUGUCGGCCAGCUGCCUCGGGCAAACCCGGUGCCUUUGAGGUUGACCCGCUUGGCUGUCCUUUCACCAUCAAGCUUAGCACCAGGAAAGAUCAUGAAGUAAGCUGUGACUACAGACCUGUUCGCUGUCCCAACAACCCCAACUGCCCUCCAUUGCUCACCAUGAACCUGGAGGCCCAUCUGAAAGAGUGUGAACACAUUAAGUGCCCUCACUCUAAAUAUGGUUGCACCUUCAUCGGGAAUCAGGACACGUAUGAGACGCACCUGGAGGUGUGUAAGUUCGAGGGGCUGAAGGAGUUUCUCCAGCAGACGGAUGACAGAUUCCAUGAGAUGCAGGUGACACUGGCGCAGAAGGACCAGGACAUCUCGUUCCUGCGCUCCAUGCUGGGCAAACUCUCUGAGAAACUAGACCAGCUGGAGAAGAACUUGGAACUCAAGUUCGAUGUGCUGGAUGAGAACCAGAGUAAACUCAGUGAAGAUCUGAUGGAGUUCAGACGAGAUGCUUCCAUGCUGAAUGAUGAACUGUCUCACAUCAAUGCCAGGCUCAAUAUGGGUAUACUGGGCUCCUACGACCCCCAGCAGAUCUUCAAAUGCAAGGGUACUUUUGUGGGACACCAGGGUCCAGUGUGGUGUUUGUGUGUCUACUCUACUGGUGAUCUUCUCUUUAGUGGGUCAUCAGAUAAGUCCAUCAAGGUUUGGGACACAUGCACCACAUAUAAGUGCCAGAAGACCCUUGAGGGCCAUGAUGGCAUAGUGUUGGCAUUGUGCAUUCAGGGAAACAAGCUUUACAGUGGCUCAGCUGACUGCACCAUUAUUGUUUGGGAUAUUCAGACCCUGCAGAAAGUGAACACCAUCCGGGCACAUGACAACCCAGUGUGCACUCUGGUGUCCUCACACAACAUGCUAUUCAGCGGCUCUCUCAAAGCCAUUAAGGUGUGGGAUAUUGUGGGCACAGAGCUGAAGCUAAAGAAGGAACUAACUGGUUUGAAUCACUGGGUUCGAGCUCUGGUCGCUUCUCAGAAUCAUCUGUACAGCGGGUCUUAUCAAACCAUAAAGGUUAGAAGUGAUAUUAUUGAAUACUCCAUUGCAGUCACCAAUCACCAUAUAGUUUGUGGCACCUACGAGAACCUUAUUCAUGUUUGGGACAUUGAGUCCAAAGAGCAGGUGCGGACGCUGACGGGCCACGUGGGCACAGUGUAUGCCCUGGCCGUCAUCUCAACCCCCGAUCAGACCAAAGUGUUCAGUGCCUCCUAUGAUCGCUCCCUUAGGGUGUGGAGCAUGGACAACAUGAUCUGCACCCAGACUCUGCUGCGGCACCAGGGCAGCGUGACGGCACUCGCCGUGUCCAGAGGAAGACUCUUCUCUGGAGCUGUAGACAGCACUGUAAAGGUGUGGACGUGCUAAACGUGAUCGCUAAUCAUUAUUAGUUGUCGACAUGUUGAGUAAUGUGUCUCUAAUCUCCUGGAACUCAGAAACCACAUGGACUCUGAUGCACGGACUUAUAGUAUGAAUAAUAAUAUUAUUCAAGAAAACAUUACAAGAUGCAUUGGACCAGAAAUGUUUUUAUUCUGUACCCUAUGGACUUGGGCGUCUGUCCCUUGUUAAUUUUGCAGUAAACUGUUGCUUCAUGUGCUGGAUGGAUGUUGCUCGUUUGCUUUCCUCUUACCAGACACCUCUUGACCGCAAACAGAACCUCCAAACCUUCAGUAUUUAUGAAGGCCCAGCGGACCGCCAACAUUUGUCAUAAACAUGACAACACUGUAUUUUAUGUAUUCACACACGAUCUUUUCCUAUAAAAGUAUGAUUUAGAUUUUGUAAGACUUCCAGUCUAAGGUCAUGUUCCCUGCAGUCCAUGGAAAAGUUGCUGCGUCAGUGGCCUCAGCGAUGAGUGUUGAACUUUGACCUUCAUGAGCUGCAGUCUCACGACUGAGUGAGUGCCUAAACUUCAGUCUGACGCCAGUGGAGAUGCAUGGAGCGACCAUCAUCCCAGGGCUGAAUGAAGACCUACACUACACCAACUUGGGCCUGAAACAGCAGAGCAUUGUUCUGGACAACACAGUACCCAUGUUUUUAUCUCAGAUUUGACAGUGCCAACUGAGCACCCAGAACGGCUCAGAUGUUUUCUAACUGCCUGUUGACCGAUGUGAAACCUUUGUAUGACGCUGUAAUGACCUACUCAACCAUCAUGAUUUUGUAUAAAUAAUGUGAUGUUUCCUUACCAAAGGUGCAACUGCUUCAUGCGUUCUUCCAUGUUUGCCGUGGAAGCCAGAUUUUGUCCAUGCAAAUCUAGUAAGACUUUUAUAAUGUAAUUCAUGCUAGUUACUAAAUAAUUUUGAACUGAAUAACAGUAAUUAGUUUGUGUAAAGCACUUAUUUCAUUAUCACUGAGCAUCCCGGCAUAACUUUUGAAGAGGUCAAUGGAGGGGAAAGGAACACUGUUGCAUUAAUGUGAAGUUGAGUUCCUCUCUCAGCUUAAACUGAUAAUUCGCCCAAAAAAAGAAUCAUCUAAAAUUAGUCAUCUUUUACUCAUUUACAUGUCGUCCAAAACCUGUACGACUUGCUUUCUUCUGUGGAUUAUAUUUUUUAUAAAUGUUUUUUGUCCAUACAAUGAAUACAACCUUUAUGUAAAUUGGUAAAAUGGGUAAAUUGACAGAACUUUCAUUUUUGGGUGAACUGUCCAUUUAACCUGAAGUGUGCUAGACAAGUCAAUGCUAAUCUAAGACCAAAGGCACAAAAACAGCUGCUAUUUUGGAUAUCAAAGUGCCUUUUUGUGGCAUAGAGCAACUCGAUCUAGCUCUACACAUUUAGGACAAGAUUUCAGCAGCGUUGAAUUUUUUUCCCCCUCAUUAAGCUGAGAGAGGAUAUCGGUUGGAACAGUCUCAAGCUCAUAAGUUACUUGUAUAAAAUACAUAAACUUUUAAUGCUUGUAUUGAGUGAAUUGGAGUCUUUUACUCGCACAUAGUAUGGCAUUGACUCCCUCUAGUGUCCUUAAUGCAUUUUGAGUUGAGAAAUAAACCUGCCAAGGGCUGUGUGGCCCUUUGGUACAAGCUUGUUAGUUUUUUGAGGAGUGCUUAGUAUUUUAUAUGUUAACUAAUGAAACACUAUGGUGUUGAGCAGUUUCCAGCUGGUCUUGGUGUUCAGUAAUUGGAUGGCUAUGAGAGUGUUUGUAUAUAAUGUUUAUUUAGAGCAGGUGGCUGUUGAUGCAGUCACUGCAAGCACACCACUGUUCCCAAUGCCAGUCACAGCAGGUCUCAUACAAGUCAAUGGCAGAACAGCAACACAAUAUACAGCCUGCACACACUGAGCAGUGCAGAUUUCUUUUUAUUUUUUCUCACUUUUUUUUUUAAAUGUCUCUGCAAAUAGGAUGGAAUUGAAAACAGCUUUCAUUAUUAAAUAACAUCUUGCGCCAACAAUAAGUUUGACUUCAGUGUUUUCAGAAUUUCCUUAUUUUUCAUAGUUUUUUUUUCCCCCCUCUGGCAUUAAAAAAA